CACAUGCAAUAGACUCAUCGAACAACCAGAGGAAAAUGUAGCUUCUCCUCAAGAGGAAAGACUGCCUUGGUCUACAGAAGUCUCCCACCAAAGUGUAUUUCUGAGAACAGCCCUGGUUUUGUUUGGAGCUACUCCUGGAAGACCCUGCAGGACGUUGUCUUGUGACUGAUAGCGAUGGGUUCACAGAUUCAAACACUGGCCUGGACGCUGCUGCUGCUGCUGGGGAUGAUCAGCUCAUUGCACGCUUCCCUGGUCAAAGUCAAUAAGGGUUUAAAGGUGAAACGGGGUCAGUCUGCUUACCUUGAUGAGGGCGACCUGCAGUUCCAUAUUCCCCGUCAGAAGGAUGCAUGCAAGGUGGAAGUGGUGUUAAAUGAGCCCAUAACUCAACGAGUGGGGAAACUCAUGCCUCAGGUGUUUGAUUGCCAUUAUCUGGCUGAUGAGGUGAACUACGUCCAUAAUGGCUGUCCAUUAUUAAAAGACGACACUGUCAAACUUCGACUGUACAGGUUCACAGAGACAGAGACGCACAUGGAGCUGUUUUCUCUCCAUGUGGACAUUAUAGAGCCUGACUGCAGUAUCAUAAAGCUGGGGCCUAAAUCCUUGGAGGUUCCUGAGUUCUACGGCCUCUCUGAUGCUGUUGAUGGAAACGUGGUGUCCUUCCAUUAUGAGAGGAGGUCUAGCUUGGAGUGUAGCAUCCAUCUCAGCAACCAUGACACCCACCUUCCGGCCCAUGGCCAGCUGGUCACUGGAGAGCCAGAGAAAGCCACCAAGAGAGGGGAUGAGCCAGAGAGCUUCAUCCACCUACGACAGCAACUAGAUAAUAAAGCCAGGGCCAUGUGUAAAUCUGAAGACUGCCUGAAGGGUCUGAAGCUAGUGAAGUUUACCAAAAUUCCCUGUGAUGACUUCCUCAUGAUGGGGCUGAGAUAUCAGCACAUAGACCCUCCAUCUCCAGAUAUAGACUACAUUGCAAUCAGACUAGACCUCAAGGACACCAGGAGUGGCAACAUAUAUCAGUCUGAACAGACCUGGAUUCCAGUAGGGAUAGUCGGUGCAAUGCCCAACCAGCCUCCCAAACCAUCCUUCAUGUCCAUGUUCAUCCUGGAAGUGGACCAGUUCAUCCUCACUCCAAUCUCCACUGCUACACUAGAUGCUGAAGAUGAGGAAACUCUCAAACAGCUUCUAGUUUUCAACAUCACCAAACCUCCUGCGGACGGCUUCAUCACUCAUCUGUCCGAUCACACUUCUCCGAUCUCCUCCUUCACAUGGUUGGAUCUCAACGACAUGCUAAUUGGUUAUCAACCUCCUAACUCCUCACAUACCCAACGUAGGAAUUACGAGGUGGAAUUUGAGGUUCAUGAUUUUUUCUUUGAGAGGAGCCUGUCAAUGACUGUUCACCUUUCAGUAAGGAAUGCAGACACAAAUGCACCCAGAGUGUCCUGGAACAUGGGUCUCAGCCUGUUAGAGGGUCAGUCUCGUCCAAUAACGUGGGAGCAGCUCCAGAUUGUGGACAACGACAACCUGAAUGCUGUUCGUAUCAUCACUGUGGAUGGUCUACAGCAUGGGCGACUCACCGUCAGAGGUGGAAAGGGCUUCAUGGUAACUGUCAAUGACAUCAGAGCAGGCGUGGUUCACUAUCACCAUGACGACAGCGACACAACCAAAGACUUCAUUAUCUUCCGUAUCACUGACGGUCGCCAUCAGACCCGGCACAAAUUCCCCAUCAAGAUCCUGCCGAAAGAUGACAGCCCUCCUUUCCUCAUUACCAACAUGCUGCUGGAGGUGUCUGAGGGCCAAAUGGCUCUGCUGAGGGGCUCCACCCUCCAAGCCUCAGACAUGGACUCCAGCGAUGACUACAUCCUCUAUAACAUCACCCGCCCCCCACAGGCAGGGGAGGUCAUGAAGAUCCCAGGACCAGGGCUCACAGGGUACCCUGUCAGCCACUUCCUGCAGAAGGACCUGUCUCAGUCCAUGCUUUACUAUCGACACCUUGGGAACGAGGUGUUUGAUGACUCCUUUGAGGUGGUGCUGUCUGAUUUCCAUGACCCCCCGAACCUGUCAGAGCCUCAAGUGGUGAUGGUCCACAUAGAACCUGUUCCAGACCAGCCACCUAAAGAGGUUCCUGGUUCCACCCGGUGUCUCAUGAUCAAAGAAACAGAAGUGGUCCACAUAACCCGACAACAGCUUCACUUUGUAGACCAGGAGUCCCCAGACAGCGAGCUGACCUACACCAUCACCACUCCACCUUUCUACUCCGGUGCUCACAGCACUCCUGACGCAGGGAGGCUGUUCCUGGUGGACAGCAUACCCAAAUUCACCAAAGACUCCAACGCACCAGUGCUGAGGCUCUUCACACAGCAUGCAGUGAACUUCAUGAAAGUGGCCUACAUGCCUCCUAUCAUGGACAUUGGCCCUUACCCCCAGUACAUCCAGUUUGUUUUCUCUGUAACCAACCAUCUGGGCAAAACAGUCACUGGGAUCUGCUUCAACAUCACUGUGAUACCGGAAGACAACCAGCCACCACAGGUGAUCACCAACGCCCUGACUGUGGAUGAGGGUGGGGAGUGCCGGCUUGGCCCAGAACACUUGCUGCUGUCAGACGUGGAUUCAAUGGAAGACGUCCUGCAGGUGGAGCUGCAAAGGGAACCGCAGCAUGGAACUCUGCAGCUCGGAGGCCUCCUGCUGAAGCCAGGCCAAGCUUUCACUAUGCAGGACCUGAAAAGCCUUAAAGUUAGUUACAAUCACGACAGCUCAGAAACUAUAGAGGACAACAUAGAAUUCACUGCCACAGAUGGAACCAAUUCAGUCAGUUUUGUCCUGCAAGUGAAGGUGAAUCCCAUUAAUGACGAGGUCCCAGUGUUGGUUGCUGGUCUGAAACCAAUUCUCAGCUGUGCGGAGGGAAAGGAGAUAGUCAUCACAGCAGAGUACAUCUACGCUUCUGAUGCAGACUCCGACAACAGCAGUCUGGCCCUAUUAAUUGCCCGGCAGCCAUAUCACGGUGUGGUGCUCAGAAAUGGUGUCGUGGUCGAUCGCUUCAUCCAGGCGGACAUUACUGCAGGGAUCAUCACCUACAAACACACAGGACUGGAGAUUGGUCUCACUCCUCGCCAUGACACCAUCACCUUCGUCAUUUCUGAUGGAGAAACAGAAAACUCUGCUCCAUGCUGCAGUGGAGGAAAUCCCAUCAGUACCAUGCGUGCAGCUCAGUCCCGGCACAGCCUCCCUGUGUAUGACCUCCAAAUCACAGUGUUUCCAGUUGACAGCCAACCACCUUCACUAACAACAGGAGACAUCUUUGUGGUGAAUGAAGGUGGAGCUGCCCCGAUAACUGCUUCUCAUUUGAAGGCCUCUGAUGUGGACACUGUCCUGGAUGAACUGGUGGUCAAUCUGAUCUCUCCACCCCAGUUUGGCUACAUUGAAAAUGUCCUGCCCAGUCCUGGCUUUGAGAAAAGCAACAUGGGUAUAAGCAUAGCUUCAUUUUCAUACAAAGACAUCAUUGACGGCCAUGUGAACUACGUCCAGUCCAGACAUGAGAGGAUGGAGCCCACAGCUGACCAGCUCAUGCUCUGUGUGUCAGAUGGCAAACACAGCUCUGCCCAUGUGCCCUUCUACAUUAUUAUUAACCCAACAAAUGAUGAGAUCCCAGAGUUUAUGGCUCGCAACUUCACAGUACGAGAAGGAGAAACCAAGCAACUGGACUCGUCGUUGUUGCAUGCAUCGGAUCUGGAUGUCCCCAGGAAUGUGCUGCUCUUCAGCAUCGUCAAACCACCUCAGCACGGCAGCAUCAUCAACCACGACAGGGAGAAGCCAGUCAGCAAGAGACGAGAGGCUGGUCCCCCGUCCCCUGUUGUCGACUUUACAAUGACGGAUCUUAUUAAUGGUAUGGAUCUGAUGUACAUGCACGAUGACUCGGAGAAUAUGGAGGAUAGCUUUACCAUCCAGUUAACUGACAGCAGGCAUCAACUCCACAGACAAGUGAUGGUUCAAGUGCUGCCAGUCAAUGAUGAGGAGCCUCACACCAUAAGGAACAAUGGGCUGGAGGUGGAGCCAGGAGAGGCCAGGCUCAUCUCCAGUGUGACACUGUUUGCACAAGACAGUGAUACUACCUCCUCAGAGGUCAUGUACAUGUUUGAGACUGUUCCUACCCAAGGACUACUUCAACUCAAGGAAGGUCAGGACUGGGUGACGCUGACAGCUGGGAAAAACUGCACCCAGGAAAUGGUGGACAUGAACCUUCUGCGCUAUGUGCACACAGGCCUGCAUGCAGCGAAAACACAGGACUUCUUUGUCUUCCACUUGCUGGAUGGAAAGAAUCAAUCACCCCCACAGCACUUCCACAUCGCCGUCAGAGAUCUUGAAAAAGGAAAUAUCGCCAUCUUUGUGAAGCCAGUGAAGGUCAGUCGGGGCGAUCGUGUGGUUCUCACUACAGACGUGCUGCUCGCCACAGACGGCACAGAGAAACCUGAAGAGCUUCUGUUUGUCAUCACUAACCCUCCUGCUCAAGGACACAUAGAGUACAUCAAGCAUCCUGGACUGGCCAUCUCCACCUUCAGCCAGAUGGACGUAGCAGCUAACCUUGUCUCUUAUGUGCAUGACAACCGAGGCAGCACACCCACAGAAACCUUUCAGUUUUUUGUGAGUAAUGGUAAGACCAGCCGAAAUGGAAGCUUUGAGAUUGCAGUGGAAAUGGUGGACCGGAUCCUGCCGUCUCUGUCCUCCAACAAAGGCGUCACAGUCCCCCAGGGUUCCUCCAUCAUCCUGGGUCCUGACUGCCUGGCCCUGUCUGACCCAGACACUCCACCCAGCGCCCUGACCUUCACCCUCCUCCAGCCUCCACAGUAUGGCAAGCUGCUUUUAGCUGGCACCACACUAACCUCUGGAUCAAACUUCACCCACAGACACAUACAGGAGCUGGAGGUGUCAUAUAAACACAACGGGGGGCCGUCGCAGAUCGAUCGUUUCGCCUUCAAUGCCUCUGACAGCACCAACCGAGGCUUCCUCCUGGACGGGCGCUUACAUGUGGAACCUGUGUUUUUCACCAUUCAGAUCAAGCCUUUGGACAAAUCGCCUCCUGAGGUUGUGAAGAUACUGCCUCUCUGGAAAGCUGAGGUUUUAGAUGACGGACGAUCUGGGAUCUUCCUGUCAUCCAGGGAGCUGAAGGCCCAAGACAGCGACAGCAGAGAAGACGAGCUGAUCUUCUGCAUUGUUCGCCCACCCUACUUUGGUUACCUAGAAAACAUUACUACAGGUGGCUUUGUGCCACAGUGUUUGUCACAGGUGGAGCUGAAGAAGCGAACCAUCAUCUACAUCAUCAAUCCAGAGAGGGAUUCUCUGUCAGAUAGCCUGGAGUUCAGAGUGUCUGAUCCUUUAGGGAACACUGGACCCUCUCACAUACUUGAACUCAGGUGGUCCAGUGUGCAGCUGUCUCAAUCUCAGUACUCUGUGUGUGAGGAUCAGAGAGGAGUUUCUCUGGACAUCAUCCGGAAAGGAAACUUGGCAGAGUCUUCAUACAUCACUGUGAAGGUGAAGGAGGUGACUGCAAUGGCUGGAAAAGAUUUCUUCAUGAGCCCUUCUUCUCUCAUUCAGUUUGAUCCAGGAGUAUCAAAGAGGAGCUGGCACAUAGACAUUAUUCAGGAUCACCUUGAGGAGGCUGAAGAAAUGUUUGAAGUGGUGCUGGUCUCCCCGGAAGGCACAAUAAUUGGCAGCAUCAGUGGGGCUCAAGUCACCAUCAGGGACGCUGGAAGAGGUCAGUGCAGGCUUAAACAGGAGGCUCAGAAGGCUCCUGUCCUUGGAGGAAAAGAGAUUAGGUCAGACAAGUACCCCCAGCAUGGAUCCAUUCAACUAGAGAAACUUCCCUUAGGCACUGAAUCAGGUAUCUGGACCCGUGGAGACAGCAUCUCCAGGCCCCCGAAAAAGAAACUCAGAGUUAUGGGCAAUCCAAAGUCUAUUGCACCUUCAUCAGUUCUUCACAAUGGGACAGAAGUUAUUUACACGUAUCACGGUAUCAUGCAGGUUCAAGUAGAAGAUGACACCUCCCCAUCCAGGAAGGGCAGAAAAGCAAACAUCCGUGUGGUCAGCAGAGGGGGACAGCAACAGGUGUCAGCAGUGCGUACUAAAUUAAGACUGGAUCCUCAAAGAAAGAUCUCAAAAUCUCAAAGAACUGGACUGGCCAACGCACGUGCUGCAGCUAAUAAUGCCAUCCCCAAGCCCUGUGUGCCAGAAAUGAUGGGACUCCUGCAUUUCAACCAAACAACCAACCAGCUCUUUCACUGCAAUGGUGUCUCCUGGAAACCCUGGGCGCCAACUGAUCAGAUGGUGAGUGCUCAGAUGUGUCCACGGGGCUGGACCUUUCAUGGUGGCCACUGUUACAUCCUCAGCACUGAGCACAAAGCCACCUGGAGCACAGCCAACAGAGCCUGCAGGGAGAGAUAUAAAGGAACUCUUGCAAGUGUUCUCUCUAAAGUUGACAUGGACUGGCUGUGGGACUUCAGCGGAAGAAAACCAUUCUGGAUAGGUCUGAAUGACAGAGAAGGCCAGGGACACUGGGAGUGGGUGGGCGGUGAGCCAGUCAGCUACACCAACUGGAAGAAGACUCCCCUUCAGUCAAAAAAGAGGGGAAGCAAAAACUGUGUCCUGGUGUGGAGAAGGGCAAAGUGGCAGAUAAGGGACUGUAAAGCCGGCAGAGGUCACCACUUUGUGUGUUCAGUCAAGACUUGAAUUUGACUUUGUGUACGGUAUCACAGCCACCAACCCCUCACUGUGCUGUUUCAGAAGAGUUGACUCAUCCUCAGGACGUCUACACUGCACAAUAAGACAACUCUCCAACAAGGAUCAGUGGGAACUUUGCUGGAACAGUUUCUAUGACUUAUAAUGAACUUUGUGACAAUUAUUGUGCCUGAAAAAUAACCUUCUACACUAAGUGACAUUGUUUACACAGCAUUUAUUCUAAUUAGCCACUGAAAGUAUUGUUAUAUAUGUAAAGCUCGCAAGAGAUUUUUAAAAAUGUAUUUAGUGUCUUUUACUUAUUUUAGACAGAACCAGGGUUGGAUCACCAAGUCCCAGGGUUCACUGAUUGUCAGUUGGUUUGUGGUGUAGGUCAUUUAGUUUUAAUUUCCUGCAAUGUUAUUGAAGUCGUCCUGUGUCCAAACUGAGUUAUCUUAAUUUAUGUUUUUCUUACCCUGUACAUAUUCCUAAAUGAAUUUGUGAUUAAUCAAAUUACCACAAACCAACUGACACAUGCUAUUCUGGCAGAGGAGCAGUUUUUGGUUUCUAUGUGGACAAGCAAAAACAUAAUGAAAGAGCCAUGUCUGUGUACACUGGACUUGUUGGGAAUUUGGGGGCAAAAGGAAACAUUCACAGUCAAGGUCAGCAUAAACAUGUUUAUUUGGACUUGUAAACAGAAAAAAAACAUCAUAAUAAACCUCCAGAUAAUCUGUGUAAAUGAAGCUGAUGGAAUAUUUUGCAUAAUGCGUUCAUUAAUUUUUGUUCAUUCAGUGUUAUUAAUAAUUUAUAUAAAUUAUCCAUAAAGUAUUUGCAAGGAGAAUCAAACCAGUGUUCAUGAGAAUUCCCACAGCUUGAUGUCAGACCACAGAUACAGCUGCACUGUAAGUGAUCAUACAUGAAUGUCAUUGUGAACAUUAAGCCAUUGUGUCUGAUCAGUAAAACAACUUUCCUCUAGUACAUUUCAUGUUAACAUUUCCUCAUUAGUUUUAAGCCACACUUAUAAGAUGUUGUUUUCCAGUGUUUUUAGAAUUCAACACUAUCGAAGUUAUUUAGAUCUGGGCCAGUGGGUCCUGCAAAACCACAAGGUUAAGCAGCAAUGUGAUUAUCCCCAUCAUGUGAUCUACAGCUGGGGUAUGAAAGGAGGCUUUUUAUAUGAGCUGUAAGCAGUUCUCAGAGGUUUGCAUGCACUGAAAGGAUAAACCAUCUCCUCUACAGCUCGGUUUGAUCAUGGCAUAAUCAUCUGACUUCUCUCCUAAUCUUCAUCACUACAAGUGGAGAGGAGCUGAAGAGAAUACAGUGCUGGGCUCUUUGUCAUGGAUCAUCACAGUCAAUCCAACCACGUCUCUAGUUUCCAGUGGCUUUCUUUCGCCUACCAGGGCCUGAGAGAAAUCCCUUAUGAAACUAUCCUCGCACAGACAGACACUCUGGAGGUGCUGGACCUGAGUUACAAUCUGCUGGAUGAGUAUCCUUUUCUUACUAACCACAAUCUGAAGGACCAAC